UUACUUAUUAUCAGCUAUUAUUAUGCAAACCACCCACAUUGCACUGGCACUUGGUAAGAAGAUGCUGUGGACAAGAGGAGGUUCUCUAUUGCUGUUGAUGGUGUUCCCUCUCUGUAUGGGAAGAUACACUGUUACUGAAGGGAGCAUUGGUGAUCUAGGGACUAUGAUAAUAUCAAAUGAUAAAGGAGAAAAGGUUGAAGUUGUGACUGAUUUUGGAGGACGAGUUGAGUCCCUGUACCUUCUUUCCCGUAACAACGGCACACUCCGUAACGUACUGCUGGGACACAAUGGGGACAGCAACGCAAUAAAAGAUAACAAAUAUUGGAAAGGAAUGAUCCUAAUACCUUAUGCUAACAGGAUCGCUUAUGGCAAGUACACAUUCUUCAAUGAUAGCCAUACUCUCCCUCUCAACGAUCCUCCUCGUCAAAACUCCCUUCAUGGUUUCAUGCCUGGGAAGGUACUCGAAGUGCGAGAAACCGGAGAAGACGAUUCUCGUGGCACUUUCACAGCUGUGACUCACAUUGGGAAUGAUGAGCCUGGCUAUCCUUUCUCCCUUGAUGUACGCAUCACGUACACUCUAUCAAGAUAUGGUCUAGAUAUUGACGUAUCUGCUACUAAUGUUAACGGAGAUGGAACACCUCUCCCAUUCUACAUGGGCUGGCAUCCUUACUUCAAUUGUACCGCCUACACCUCUUACGUGAUGUUCGACCCAUUCACUGACUGGGCUCAUGUUGAACUCAAUGCUAAUAUGGAUCCAACCGGGAUAACCAAAAAGAGCACCAUUUUCAAUGGGUCUACUCCCAUUGGAGGUUCCCUAGAGGAACCCACCUUCUACGACGAUGAGUUUAAAUCACUCGACGACCCUCAGGAGAGCUAUGUGAGGCUCACAGACACGGCUUCCGGUCAAACGGUGAGACUGUGGUUUGAUGACUCAUUCCCAUUUGUUCACAUAUACACCGGAUCUUCUACUACGUUUCAUGAAGACGGGAUUGCCAUGGAACCAAUGUCAGGAAUGGCAGACGCUUAUAAUAAUCAUGAUGGACUGAGUACCAUCAGUGAUGGGGAGACCUGGCAUGGCAGCUUCGGUGUGUACGUGGAGUGAAUUAGGACAUAACUUCCUUCUCUUUUUUUGAGCUGAUUUUGCUGAUUAUAAUUAUUAAUUUUAUUUUUCUUAGCAUUAAUGAUUAAGACCUGUUUGUAAAA